AUGCCCAUGCUCAUGCUGUGCCUGCUGUACAAUUUGGCAACGGUGGCCUGGCCGACCAUGGCAGCUCCCAUGGGUGGUCCAGAGCCAGCACAGCAUGAGGAGCUGACCCUGCUCUUCCAUGGUGUCCUGCAGCUGGGCCAGGCCUUCAAUGGCGUGUACAGGAACACAGAGACACAGCUGACAGAGGCUGGACACAGCCUGGGCCGCUAUGAUCAAGUGCUGGGACUCCUGGGACAGGAGGUCAGCCAGGGGCGGGAUGCAGCCCAGGAGCUACGCACAAGCCUGUUGGAAAUGCAGGUGGAAGAAGAUGUUCUAAAGCAGCAGGCAGAGGCCAUAACCGAGGCACUAGAAGAGGUGGCCCAGGGACAGCAGGUGCUAUUGGAGAGCAUGCAGCGGCUUGAAGUUCAGCUAAAGGGCGUGUGGCUUGGCCAUGCCCGCCAAGAAUUUGAGAUCUUAAAGGCCCAUGCUGAUAAACAAAGCCACAUUGUGUGGGCCCUCACAGGCCAUGUGCAGCGACAGAGACAGGAGAUGGUAGCACAGCAGCACCGGCUGCAACAGAUCCAGGAGAGGUAAGUGUGCUGGGGGUUGGUCA